UGGAGUCGUCGAUACGAAGGCGUCGAGUACAGGCGUCGAGUGUGGUAAAACGGUACUGAAGAUUGGCUGCAGAGGGGCUUGGGCUGCAGCACUAUGGUCCAGAACAAAAGUAUCCGUCGGACGCGCUUCGCGUGGGCAUUCUCUGGAAUCCCUUUGAAUUACAGAGGAUGAGUAAGGAAAUACUUCUCCGGCCUGCACGGGUAACUGAUCAAAAGGAGAAAAAGAGAAUAUGUCAUCAUCUUCCUGACAAAUCGUUGGAGGAUCUUGGUCACGCUGCUCGAAGGGCGUAUUCCGAGCACAGUGAUCUUCUCGUUCACCGUGAGGUUGAAAAAUCAGAUUUCUCAAAGGAUGGUCGCCGUGGAGAGUUAAAAAUGUACAAGCCAGCCAAUCAGGUAAAGGCUUUCUGCAGUGGUUGGGCGGUGCUGGUAUAGAACCAGAUGCACAAAUACUACUUCCGGGACCGGAUCCGCGG